GCUUUCUGAAUUAUUUACGAGUUAUCAUCGCCAUCGCCGUCAUUGUUAUUGGCAUUGUAUUUAAUAAUAAUGUACAGUGUCUGCUUGAAAGGGCUUGGUGGCUAACCACACGGCGUGUGCCUGUUGUGACCUUUGACCGGUGACCCCCGCCCACCUGAUUGACCUUGCCUUGACCGUUUCAACCAUUUUGCUCCAGUCACCUGGAUUUGUGAAUUAGCACAAUUCUUCAACCAGGAGGCAGAACUAAUGCGUGAAAUCAGCUGGCUGAGUUUAUGGGUGGAAGAAACACAAGGCAGGACUUUUACUUUCUGACCCCCUGAUGACAUGUUGUGACCUUUGACCCCUGCCUGCCUGACUGACCUUGUCUCUCCCCUCCAGAGCUCCGGAGAUCAUCCUGGGCCUGCCGUUCUCCGAGGCCAUAGACAUGUGGUCGCUGGGCUGCGUCAUCGCCGAGCUCUUCCUGGGCUGGCCCCUGUACCCGGGGGCGUCCGAGUACGACCAGAUACGGUACGUCUCGCAGACGCAGGGCCUGCCGGCGGAGUAUCUGCUGAGCGCCGGGACGAAGACGGCGCGGUUCUUCAACAGGGAGGCGGACUCCACCUACCCGCUCUGGAGACUGAAGACGCCUGAGGACCACGAGGGGGAGACUGGGAUCAAGUCCAAGGAGGCGCGCAAGUACAUCUUCAACUGCUUGGACGACAUGGCCCAGGUGAACAUGACGAGCGAUCUGGAGGGCAGCGACAUGCUGGCGGAGAAGGCGGACCGCCGCGAGUUCAUCGACCUGCUGACCAAGAUGCUCACCAUCGACGCCGACAAGAGGAUCACGCCCAUCGAAGCGCUCAACCACCCCUUCACCACCAUGACCCACCUGCUGGGCCUGCCCCACAGCACACACGUGAAGUCCUGUUUCCAGAACAUGGAGAUCUGCAAGCGGAGGAUGAACAUGUACGACACGGUGAACCAGAGCAAGACCCCCUUCAUCACGCACGUGGCCCCCAGCACCUCCACAAACCUCACCAUGACCUUCAACAACCAGCUCAACACGGUGCACAGCCAGGCCCCGCACCUGGCCCCCUCCUCCUCCAGCACCACCCUGUCGCUGGCGGCCCCCGACGUCUCCGUGCUGAGCUACCCGUCUGCGCUCUGCCAGGCCCCGGCCGUGGCCCCCAGGAGCCUGCCCCUGCAGACGGGGGCCCCGCAGCUGUGCGCCGCCCGGCCCGACCCCUUCCAGCAGGCUCUCAUCGUCUGCCCCCAGGGCUUCCAAGGUCUGCAGGCCUCGCCGUCCAAACACGCAGGGUACUCGGUGCGCAUGGAGAGCGCCGUUCCCAUAGUAACGCAGGCGACCGCCGCCCAGCCGCUGCAGAUCCAGCCUGGGCUGCUGACACAGCAGGCCUGGCCCAGCGGGACCCAGCAGAUUCUCCUGCCCCCGGCCUGGCAGCAGCUGACCCACGCCUCCGUGCAACACGCCACCGUCAUCCCCGACCCCGUGCCCAGCGCCCAGCCGCUGGCCAACUGGAGGAAUCCUCAUCCCCACGGCAACCAUUACAACCCCAUCAUGCAGCAGCCGACCUUGCUGGCGGGUCAUGUGACCCUCCCCUCCAGCCAAUCGCUGAACGUGGGCGUGGCCCACGUGAUGAGGCAGCCGCCCAGCAGUAACUCCUCCUCCAAGAAGAGCAAGCAGCCCCAGAACUCCAGCAGGAACGUGUCGGCGUACGAGGUGAGCUCCUCCCAGGUGGUGACAUCACCGCAGCGCUCCAAGCGGGUGAAGGAGAACACGCCCCCUCGCUGCGCCGUGGCUCCGCCCCCUGCCUGUGUGCCCCUCCCCCAGGCCUGUGGGGGCUGGGAUGGCCCCGCCCCUCGCCACACCAUCAUCAUUCCCGACACGCCCAGCCCUGCCGUCAGCAUCAUCACCAUCAGCAGCGACACCGAUGACGAGGACGAUCACAAGCAGGCCCGCGCCAGCGGGGCGUCCAAGCAGAGGAAGGACGUGGUGAGCUGCGUGACGGUCCAUGACUCCCCCGCCUCGGACUCCUCGUGCGGGGCCAGCCCCCCCCACGCCCCCGCCGGCGGGUUCCGCCACAAAGGCACCCUAUUGGACGGCUGCUGUGACCCCGCCCCUCGCACCAUCAUCGUGCCGCCCUUCAAGGCCCCGCCCCUCGAGGCCCCGCCCGACUGCGAGCGCCUGCUGCCCGACACUGUGACCCACCAGAACUCCGCCUACAAGUUCAAAACUACCAAUGGGAUGCUGAUGGGCAGCGGCCACUCCACAGGGGGCGGGGUUUACCGACAGCAGCGGACGGGGCCCCACCCCUUCCAGCAGCAACCCCUCAACCUCAGCCAGGCCCAGCAGCACAUAGCGGCCGAGCGCAACGGCGCCCCCCGGCGGCAGCAGGCCUACAUCGCGCCCACCAUCGCGGCCCAGGCCCCGUACUCCUUCCACCACCACCACCACCACCACCACAGCAGCCCGUCCCACCAGCACCUGGCCCCGGCCCACCUGUACGCCUACGCGGCCCCCGCCGCCCUGGGCUCCGCCGGCGCCGUGGCCCACCUGGUGACCUCGCAGGGCUCCGCCCGGCACGCCUACCCGCCCGGCGUGGUGCACCAGGUGCCCGUGAGCGUGGCGCACAGGGUGCUGUCGUCCCCCGCCCUGCACCCGGGCCAGUACCAGGCCCAGUUCACCCACCAGACCUACAUCAGCGCCUCCCCGGCCUCCGCCGUCUACACCGGGUACCCGCUCAGCCCCGCCAAGGUCAACCAGUACCCUUACCUCUAGAGCCGGGCGGGGGCGCUGGAGCCUGCCUCUCUGCUGCUCGCCCUGACCCCUGACCCCUGACCCUAAUCCUGUCCCUGACCCCUGACCCUAACUGUGACCCGGAGCCCUAAUCCAAGCCCUAACCCCUUUCCCUAAUCCUGACCUAUAUCCUAAUUCUGAUCCAUAUUCUAAUUCUCACCCUGACCCUGACCCUUAAUCCUAACCCCCACACUGCGACAGUGACAGGCAGCACUGUUAGCACACUUAGCACGUUAGCACGGGAAGACACUUGAAGACGACGGUCAGGAAGAGACCGUGUGCCCGGACUGGGCUGGCUGGGUUUCCAGGACAGGGGGAAGAAGCAGGAGUAAUUAAUUUCCCUAGUUAUUAUUGUAAUUUUUUUAGAAAAGGGCCAGUUUUUUGCUUUCGUUGAUGUUAUUUCCUGCGUUAUUUUUAUUGCCGAGUCGAUUCCUUGAAGGCGAUUGUUUUAUCUUUUUUAGGUUUUUGGGGCGGUAUAGUCACCUCGACGAGCCCUUUUUUUUGGAGAAGGUGGAAAUUUUUGCGCGCAUUUAAAAAAAAAAGAAGAACCCCACUUUCGUGUUGUUUUUCCAUUUGUUUUUAAAGAGACGGGAAACGGACUGAGAGGUCGGAUGACUGGACUCCUGACCUCUGGUGAGAAAGGAUUUAAGGUGAAAUACGGAUACCUGCUGCUCUUCAAAAAAAAAAAAAAAAGACAACUUAAAAAAAAAAAAAACACACAAAACGAUGGCCUUGUACUCUCUUAACCAUUUCCAAAUCAUUCACGGAGGGGGG